AUGCAAAGCGUAAUUAAUACGGUAAAAGGGACCGCUUUGGGCGUCGCUGGAUAUUUAACUCCCGUGUUGAAGGAGUCGAAAUUUCAAGAGACCGGCGUCCUCACCCCCGAGGAGUUCGUGGCCGCCGGCGACCAUUUGGUGCACCACUGCCCCACGUGGCAGUGGGCGCGCGGCGAGGAGGCCAAGCUGCGGCCCUACCUGCCCCCCGACAAACAGUUCCUCAUCACGCGGAACGUGCCGUGCUACAGGCGAUGUAAACAGAUCGAGUAUUGCGAAGACAAGGAGAAGAUAAUAGAGGCUGAGAACGAUGAGGAUGGAGGCUGGGUGGACACGCACCACUACGACUCCACUGGGUCGCCCACCGUAGAAGAGAAGGUGUGCGAAAUGACGCUUGAGGCGGCGGAGACGGGGGACAGCGGCUGCGAGGGGGCCGACGGGGGGGAGGACGAUGAUGAUGACGACGAGGAGGAGGGGGAGGCGGAGGACAUGGAGCAGUUCCAGGAGUCGGGGCUGCUGGACGAGGUGGACCCGUCGACAGACCUGACCACCCGCAAGGAGCCGAAGCCGAAGAGCGAGGGCAGGCAGCGGCCGGGAGACGGCGACGACAUCGUCCGGACCCGAACCUACGACCUCCACAUCUCCUACGACAAGUACUACCAGACGCCGCGCCUCUGGCUCAUCGGCUACGACGAGGAGCGGAAGCUGCUGAGCGUGGAGCAGAUGUACGAGGACGUGUCGCAGGACCACGCCAAGAAGACCGUCACGAUGGAGGCCCACCCUCACCUCUCCGGGCCCAGCAUGGCCUCCGUGCACCCUUGCCGGCACGCUGAGGUGAUGAAGAAGAUCAUAGAGACGGUGGCGGGGGGAGGGGGCGCUGUGGGCGUCCACUCCUACCUCAUCGUCUUCCUCAAGUUCGUGCAGAGCGUCAUCCCCACCAUAGAGUACGACUUCACACAGAACUUCUCAAUCAAC